UUUUAUCAAAGUAGGCCAGUUUUGACCUGUGAAGGUGAAGGUGUUUGAUAUUUGCGCUCUGGGUUGCACUUAGCCAUGUGAUUUUUUUGAAAAGUUGCUCAUGUCUAUCGUGUAAUAUGGAAGUUGCUUUUACAUCACAUCGACCUCCAUUAUGCUGUUGAGUACGGUGAUCUCGCGUCCGGAGGUGCGCGAGGGGACGCUCGUUCUCUCGGGCGAGGUAUCAUACAAAAAAUUACUCGCACGCAUUUGUAUUUAAGAAAGGAUGCAAAAGCAUUUGAAGUGCAUGCUCAUGCGCAAGAAAUAAAGCGGUGCUGCUGAGUUCGAGCAGCGCGCUACGGGCCCACUAGCUACGCAUCAGAAACGCUUUUGUUUCAGUUUUUUCCGCGCGGCGUGGAUAAUUACUAAAAAGUGAUUGGUGCAGUUCCGCUAGGGGCGCUCCCGCGUUGCGUGGAUCCUCACUAGUCCUGGAUUGCAGUUGCGCGGUCAGCCGUUAAGCAUUACAAAUGCGAUGCGUCAGUAGCUUUGUUUGACAUGAUACGAGAGCGAAGGUGGGCCGCGGCACCUUCUCAACGACCUUGCGCAAGAGCGCGACAACUCCGAGGCUCCACUGCCGACCGAGAUCGUAAUAGUUUGGUUGAUUUUGGUAACCUUUUGAAUCAAGCAACUCGUUUUCCUUCUAAUUUCCUCGUAUAGAAGAAGACUUUAGAUUGCUGGGCACAGAACAAGUACAAUCUGACCCUAGCACUUAAGGUGGUUUUAGAAAGACGACAGGAAGAAGAAUCUAAUUUCACAGACUGCCCUCGGUGAAGUCAGGUUUACGAGAUGCGGCGCUCUGCCUGCGGACCUGUUGACGGGCAGCUUUCUCCAGCACGUCCACAAGCUGAAGAGGCUUACGCUCUGCAAUUGCGAGCUCACGGACCUGGAGCCGCUGUGCCGGGUGACGCGCAACGUGGAGUAUGUCGACGUGUCGUGGAACGCCAUUUCCUCUUUUCCGACCCGAAUAUCCGCCCUGUGGACCUUCGUCGUGGAGCUCCGCGCCACCCACAAUCGCAUCACGGAUUACAGCGAAGUUCGGAAGUUGAUCACGCUUUUGCGUCUCAAAAAGCUGCACUUGGCGGACAAUCCCGUCGCGUACCAGGUUUGUCAACACGCCUUCUUCGUUUAAAGUCGUUUCAAUUUAUUUUGAAAUCAUUUUUCAUUGAAAAAUGAUUUCAAACAAAUUCAACAAGCACCACACCUGAACAUAGUGAAACGCAAGAAUCAUCACCAGGAGAGAGCACGCCUCGAAACUAAAUCAAUCCCGCUUCAGAGCGACUACCGUGGCUGGAUUAUUACGCAAAUGCCACAGCUGUUCGAUUUGGACGGACAGCUGAUUGACGUGGAAACUCGGCGACGGGCAGCCCUCCACCAGCCCUCAUCCGCUCGGUCAAGACAGGCACCUCUCCCGCGAACCGUCCCCGAAUCUGGGCCGGGAGGUAGUUAAAUAAAGGCUCUUUUGGUUAGUGCCAAUGCUGCGCUUUUGCGUCCCAUCAGUGUUAGUGUUGGGAGCUCGGAUUCGGCUGCAUUUAUUUCUACUUUGUUCAUCAGACGGAAUUUAUUGAUUUUGUUCGCAAAGACAAAACACACAGUUAUGGGACGCAUUUCUCCAAGAGCUAGCGUUGUCAAGUCGCCCGGCGUCACGUCGCCAUCUAGAACAGCGGAAGGGUACUAAGAUACGAUGCUCGAAGAUGUUAGCCCCAUUUGAUGUACGGUUUGAGACAUAAUUUAUUCGACAGACGUGUUACAACUUGCUUCCAAACUGUACACGCAUCAAGCUCAAUGUACUUGGCACAUUUUCUUCACUCGUGCGAGUGUAGUUUUCGCGCCCGCUAUGCAUACUCCCGACACUGAUCAGGUCGUCCGGCGCGAACAACGAGGAGUUUUUGCGUUCCCUGCCUCCUCGCACCCAAAUCGACCGGCACUACGACGAGCUCCUGUCGAAAAUCAAGGCAUCAAACAGCGUUCCCCUGACAGACCGCGGCACGAAUUUAUCGCCCGUCACCACGUAUCAGCCGGAUGCGCCGAUGAACAAACCUGCCACGAGCUCGUCCUCACAUUUGUUCAACUCCCCCUCGGUGAUUCAGCCAAACACGAGUGACUUUCUCGGGCCGCCUCCUGGUGCCCUGGAGGGGAUGAGCAAGGCGCGCAGCAGUCUGGAGGACCUGUUUGCAACACAAAACAGUGUGUUGGAGCAAGCGAAUCGGGUUCUAGCGAAAACGUCCGCCGGGCAGGAACCCCCGUCGCACACAACGGUGUCUAACAGAAUACAAGACGCUAUGAACGCCGGUGGCCCCCGAAGCGGCAGCCCGCCGCGGCUGGGGCAGCCUCAGGCGACGCAGCCCCCGCGCGACGCCAUGCUUGCGCGCGACCAGCACAGCCGGAGCCUGCUGGGACGCCGGCCGGCAAACGACAGCUUGCGGCAGUUGCAGGAAUCCCGAAAGGACGCAGGUCGAACGGUGCUGUCCCCAAAAAUUGGACGGCGCAACCUCCUCGACCAUUCGCCACCCACAAACACCGACCACGCGCGAAGAAGCGGUGACUCGGAAAUAAAUAGAUCGCAAUUGCCUAGCAAAGAAAUCUUUCCGCAGUCCGAGCUCGACAAAUACGCGCAUCGGUUUGUCGAUCUGGAAAAAAAGGAAGAGCCUGCUCCCAUGACGCGGGUCCCUCAGGGGUCCGGCUCGCCGCGCAUUCGAAACGAGCAGGUGAGUGCGGCGUCCGUUGCUGCGAAAAAUCUCGUGUACUACCAUGAGUCUUCCCUGGAGAGACCCGUGGUUGAGCCGCGCACUGAGUUCGACGACGUCAUGGCGGCCGGCGAGGUUGAGGAGAUGUUAGAAAAGCCCUAUUGCGAAGACGAGCUGUUGUAUCAAGGGUGCGCCGACCCAGCGGCUGAGGCAAAAUCGAAGCGACGCCGCAUAUUCCGCAGCUUGCCACUAUGAGAUGUCUCAACUCGUCCCGGUGCGCGUAUGCAAGGGCACGACACACCAUGGUUCUUCAACAAUGGAAAUGUUAUAUACCGUAUCCGUAAAAGCUUCUAAAGCUUUCUCACCACGAGUAUAGUGAUGUACGAUUUGUGUUAGUGCUGCGCUUCUGCAAGAAGAACUUGAUUGAUAUCAGACUACGUUUAUACUGAUCUUGGAAGAGACUGGGUGUGGAACGCAUAGGAUUUUGCAUCGCAAGUGGUGCCGGUGGGAAAAAGUUGUGCAUCGUCAUAGCCACCAACCACACGAGUGCCUCGACGGCCACCCCCCACCGUUCCGUCGUCGGGAUCGUUUUCCCCAACCACGAGCUCCGGCCCGCCGGGCUUGUCCUCUUUCUGGCAGCAGCAGGAGCAGAAGCGAGCGAGGGACGACGCAAGAAAACAGGAACAGGAGAAGUUGGCCAGCAUCGAGACGCGAAACCAGCAGUAUCACGAGUGGCUUUCCUCCAGCUUCCAACCGAAAAGCCGCUUGGGUCUCGACCCCGAAGGAGGGCCGCCCGUGCGGAGCCAGCUCACGGCAAGCGCAGCGGCCGACGACUUCAAUCUUUUUUCGGCUCACUACCCGGUGGGUUCGUACUCAACAUCGGCCUCUGGAGGGAUGGCCUACCCAAAUAGCCGAGGUUCUACUUCUUGACCACUUGUUCACUUGCGUUGUUUUCAAGAUGAACCAUGAUGAUACGAUGCUGCUCGCGAAGCUGUGGUCAUAAACGGCGAGGACGGCCCCAUGCUUGUCAGUAUUUGAAAGUACCAAAAGUCAAAGACAAAGUCUCUUGAAUUCUUGUAUGUGAUCAGGAAGUUGUAGUUGGUUCCGAUAAAGCUAAGCCCCUGAUGAAAUACUUAUACGUACUUAAGUGAACAAAUGAUAAACAGGUGUUAGUCACGGGACCACGACGUACUCAUCUUCCCACGAGCAGCACCAGCACAACCUAGAGCUCAAGAGCUGGUUAGACAAGAGCAUGGAGCACCGGAAAUUCUACGAAGACGAGGCGAAACUCGAGGCGCUGCGAGUUCUGCAGCAAAGGAUACCGAUCAACCCACGGCAUCUGCCUAUCGGAGUUGAGGACACGGAUCUGCUGGCCGAGCGCGAGAAUCUCACUACGAAAUCACACAUCGCCGACAUUCUCAGUACGUAAAGCGAGUUGGCUUUUGUCGUACCCUUUGUUUUGUUGAUGUUUGCUUGCUGUUGCUACGAACUAUCUGGUUUGAAAGUGGCAACAGUACAACCACAGACUGUUUGCUGAUCUAAGUACGAAGCAAUCAGGGAUGUCAAAAUAAACCUGGAAAAAAAAUUCUACAGUGAAAGUGGUGGAGAAAUGCGAGCGCCAGCAUCGUUUGAUUUGUCACAUGUACAAGCACCUCGCGAUUCCGCGCGACUGGAUGAUUCAGACUGCGCUGACCACGAGUGCCGCGAAGAAAGCACAAACGCCCCAGGGAGGUGCGGUGAGGAGGCCAGUACAGACACCAAACAAAGUGCAGAAAGGGUACACGCCGAAGAUGGUGGUCACGCAACCCGGACUGUAUUCUCAAUAAUUGAAGCAGCCAUGAAUCAGGAAACAGCUAGUUUUUGAAUUUGUUUCUUCGCCUAAUGGUUGUCGCCUCCAAUUCAACAUUGCACUGAAAAUAAAUCCUCGAUCUUAAACAGGACCGGCGGUAUGGUUCGAAAUGGCACCGGUCGCCCUGUAGUGGCCCCCGGGCAAGGCGUCCUUCUCGGGGACAUCUCGCAAAGCAAUCUGAGCGGGGUGGAGCAACUGCCACGAUCGAGAUCCGCAUCUGCCGGCGCACCACCCAACCGUGGAUCCAGUCGCAGUCCAGAAAAGGGGUUCGGGAAAAAUCGCGGGCAGUCGGCGACACCGAGGUUCGACCCGUGGAGCUUGUAUGCGUCCUUUGAAAAUCGGGAAAAUGCAGCAGCAGCAGCAGCAACUGUGGACCUCCGGAAAUUCAAAUACCCGAAGAGGCAAUUCGGUGUUGCUGCGCGACAACCAAACAGCGCCGCGACUGCGGGCCGAUGACGCUUCUUGCGAUUGAUCACGACGGGGCUGUGUUGCGGUCUGUAUGGUUCGCGUAAGAACCGUACGAUGUCGGCACUGUAAAUCUCUUGGGGCUAGUACUCUGCCAUGUACCAACUUCGUUGGAAUUCAUUUUAUCUAUUAAAUCGGAAAGUAAGACGAGAAAGGAAACAUGUUGAGCCAAUUAAUGUCGAAAUAUCUACUCUGACGAGACUUUUUUAGGAAAAAACAUUGCACGUUUAUUUUCUCUUGAGCUUUUUUUGCGUCUUCACUUUCACCGAAGACUUGACGACCGAUACAGCUGUAAGCUGCACAGAAUUCCAUUCCUGACGCACACCGUGCGCUAUGAUUAUUUUGCAUCUGCUUCUGCAGACUUAUGAGUACUGAAAGGAAACCGUCAUACCGCGCAGCGCUAGCGCUCAUGAAAACUUGAAAGAAAAAUUUAUUGUAUUAUUGUCACACAGGACACCAGUGUCCGUGUCCUAGGUGAGCAAGGAAAAC